GCUUGCGCUUGCGUAACGUAAGACGUCGUGUAGAUCUCUACGCAUCAUUUCCGGCCAGCGGCACGAUUCGAUUGCACGUGUUUCGGGAAAGAGAUGGUAAAGGAAUGGUCGAGAACUCAAACGUAUUUAUGAUUAAUAAGCUAAGUUUGAGCCAUUUGAGCUAGUUCUCAUUGCUGAAGUGAACUCAUCAUUAUCAUAUCACAGCUCAUUCUAUCUGAGAUACAUGUACAUGCUGCGGUUCCUUCACAGUCAUGCCGGAUAUAAUCUCCCGCCAGUCAGCAAGGGUAACAGUGGUAUCGUUGCUUGUUUGUUGCUGCAUUCCCUUUGCCUUUCUUGACCUCAACUCUGGCUCUGGUGCAAGGCUCCCUCACAGGGUCAGGUUACAGAGACGCUAUCCCACUGAGAAAAAGGUCAUCGGCCCUAAUUAUAUCCAACAUGAGCUGCCUGCCAUGCCCAUUGAUUUGAAGGCUCGCUACGAUAAGAGACGACUCCUAGGAAGGCAUAGACUUCAAGCCCGCACAUCCGCCAUUGAGAGAUUUAGACGUGAUGUCCAGUCAUCAGUAGAUACUAAAGACUAUGUCCCUCUAAUGACCAGUGAAGAACAUCAGCUUGACCUUCAGUGUGGAUCGUGCUCUUUUGUAGCAAACUCAGGCCUAAUGAGACAGAGUUCAUUAGGGAAGGAGAUAGACCAAGCGGACUGUGUGUUCAGAAUGGAUGAUGCACCUACCGUGGGAUAUGAGAGAGAUGUAGGGAGAAGGACCACCGUCAGGGUUGUCUCAUAUUCCAGCCUCUCUGAUGUGGCUUUCCAAGCAGACACCCUGCUCGCCCUCAAGCCCAGCGCCACCCAUCUCAUCUUCCAUGGGCCGGAGCAUGUUUACUCUAGCAACCAAUUCCAGAAAUACCUGUGGCGUAUCAAGGCAUCCCAGCCUGAUGUGGAGAUGUAUCAUGCUGGACGGGGUCUAGAGGACAGGGCUGACUUUGAGCUUCUCAAACAUACAGGAACCUCAAGGCAUGCAUCCAGCGCAGAGUUCUCUACCGACAUGUACACUUUGAUGGCUAUGAAGGACACGUGUUCAUCUAUCACAGUCUAUGGAAUGCUCCCCAAGAAUUUCUGCAGUGAAAACCCAAGAAACGAUGUAGCAUCUUUAUACUACAAGGACCCCAUGCUCACCGCCUGCUCACUAUUCAGUUACCAUGACAACCUAGAGGUCGGUGGUCAUCCUCUCGGCGCAGAGCAAGACGUCUUCAAAGGCUGGAAGGAAAAUGGAGAGAUCCGAUUUGUACAUCCAAGCUCGGAGUGAUCGGUUUGAGCCAGCUUGGACCAUCUCUUACCCCAUGUUUGUUGUCUCAUGCUAAGUGCAUAGCGGCAGACUGGAUAGCAGAUAGUACAAGCCAACGUUUCAACAAGCAUUCAGAUUGUGACUCAUGUUCACAAAGCAUAGUCACCAAUAAAAAAUGUUGUCACGGCAACCUGACACAUGUCUCCAAAACAUGGUCAGUCAUACUUUGUGUUUUGUGGUUGUAAAUUGGUGCAGAAAGCACACUUGCAAACCAGAACACAAGUGAGCAUAAGGCUCGGCAAGGCAGGUGAGACAGUGACUCACACCCAGAUAGUGUAGUCACAGAAUGUCUUCUUGCCAGGGAUGGCUCGUGUUUCAAAAACACAGUCUCGAUUGAAAGAGUUUUGUGACAGUGGCUCGUGUUCACAUAGCACAGUCAUGUCCAUACUUGCUUUUGUGCAGAAACGUACAUGUAGUAUGAAUAGCCAUGUGACCACAUGGAGAAAGGCUUUUAGCACUCAUGAGAACGUACCAUCAGUAGGAUUUGUGUAGUGCUACACAGGUCAAGCUAUAGAUCAGAAGAAUUUUAUAUUUUUAGACAAAAGGAAUAUUUUUAUGGUUUUAUUUCCACCAAAGAUGACGUUGGUAGAGAUCCGAAGACAAGAAAUUGUUGACUCUCUGCAAGAAGGCUGUUAUUGCCAUUGACAAUAUAUAGUUCUAAGAGCCUUCUUCCAGACAAGGAGUUAAGCAGUUAGUGCUUGUCUGGUAUGUUUGAUAGUGUGGGACCAAGCGUGUUCCUAGUAAAGUACAGUGUAUGGUAAUGUUAGGUUCAAGUGAAGAUGAUUGGUUCAGAGUAAAGUUCACAUACCAAAGGUCAACAGUCACGUCAAGUGGAAUGCUAGACCUUGUCUUAUAAAGAGUUACAAUUGAUUAGGAUUAAUCGUAAGUCUUCCAGUCGAUCGCAAACUUCUCAACUUCUAUGUCUUUAGUACACAGUUGUGAUUGAUAUCAAGUAAGUUGCAAUUGAUUUGAAUCGAUGGGAACUCUUUAUUUAGACGGCACUGGUCUUAUCAAGAUAAGAUAACAUCCCAAAAAGGAAACAACAAAAGAAAUCAGCAUUUUAUACCAGUGAAUUGUGGUAUGGAGAGCCAUACAAAAUGGCUGCCCUCUGCUGGAAGUUGGUCAGUUGUGUACAUAAACAGAUGUAUGUACACCGCUUGAAUCUCCCAAAUCGUUGUACUAUUUCUGCAAUUAUUAACAGUAUCCUGAGUGUGCUUUUCCAGUAAUUAUAAAAACAACUCGUGUAGAUACUUGUGAUUGCUUCUUCUUUUUUUCCCCCUUUUUUUUCCACCAGUGCCAAUUAAUGAUGUGUUUACAGUGACAGUAAUCAUGUGUAGUCUAGAUGAUGUGUCCAAGUGUAGAAGGCACUUAAUUCAAGAACAGCUUCAUUUUGUAAUCCAACUACUUUUAAAGAUUUAACCAUGAAUAUUUUUGAGAAUUCUAGCUUGUAAUUCUCCUUAGAACUGUGUCUAUCCUGUAUCCUUUUUGAAGAAGGAACAACUGCUAUGCAACCUGUACAAAUCAUAUGUUGGACAAUCAUUAAUUUCCAGCGUUUCAUUGCUUGUAUUCCCUGUAUGUAUCUUGAACAGAGCAAGUCUGUUGGAUUCAAUUCUUCCAUAUUGUAGGUUUAUAAGUGCAACAUUGAAGAUGCCAUUUUACUUGUAGUGUUGUAGUGGACAGACAUCAAAUCCUUACACGGAUCUGAUUGAAUCCUUCCCUGUCAAUUAAAAUAAUAUAUUGAAGUAUUCAAUACCUUUCAGUAUAUUAAUAGGAAUACUUGCCAUAUUUUUGCUCAGUAUUAAUCCUGUGAUCUCGUGGCUGGUACAUAGUCACAGGUUAAGAUACUUGUGGGAAGUUUUAAUUGAUCUAAAGAACAAGCUUUCCUCUGGUGAUAAAGAAAAAUACACAUUUGUUUGUUGUGUAGUCAUAUACAUGUCGUGGGAAUAUUGUUUUAGGUGGUACUGAUUAGAUAAUAUAAAGUGUAGUAGAAAAUGUGUGGCAUUUGUUCACGAUGGAAGUACCCUGUGUAAUAUUCAACCACAUUUCCAUUAUUGUUAUCUCAUUACUGUACCCUUCACACUUGCUACACAUGUUGAAUUCACCUGCUCCGUUAUUGGUCAUUAUAUAAUUAGAGUUUUAGCUUCAACUAUCGUUCUAUUAUGUUGUCUAGUAGCUAGCACAAUAUAACCUUGCACAUAUCUUAUACUAUGGCCCGGGUAGCCACUAAAUUCCCACUGCUUUCCUCUCCUCAACAUCAUUAUAUCUGUGACUUCAUGUAAAGAUACAUAAUCACUGUGUAUACCAAAGAGAGCAGUUCAGAAAUAAUAGAUUCCACAAGGGUAUUAUUAUAGUUGUUGCCAUCAAAGCAAUACAAGUUAUGUGUGUAUAAGACACUAAAAAAGAGGUAUUAACGUAUCAAUGUGCUUUCGUAAUCAACGGUGUAUGUUAUUCAACAGAGAUUUAUUGCCUUAAUAAAUAAGAGUUUUAUAUUUUUAUGCUACUUUGAAGUACUCAUGAUGUGAAUGCAUAGACUCAAAGCAGCUGAUUAAGCCAAAGAGGUAUUGCAAGUUUAUGUGACAAAUGUAUAACCACUGUCACAUUUAACAUUAAAAUAACCAGGGCUUAUGAUUAGUCACAGUAUAUAUCUGUGUGAAUGUUGUUUGUCAAAUAUGUCCUAUAUUGAUUUGUUCCAAUUACUGUUAAUGAAUGUCUACAAAUCUAUAACUGUUCACCAAAAUGCCUCCAAUUUGUGUAUUCAUGAGUGUAUGUAGUUCAACAAUGUUCAGUUGUGUGACAUUGUUUAACAAAGACCCUUUCACUGACAAGUCAGUACAGGUUUAUAGUCUUUCUAUUAGAAUAUCACACAGAGACCAAUGCUCAAUCUUUUAAAAAUGUUCUUCAAAAAACUGUACACAAUGCUCCUCCAACAAAAAUAUUGUUUGAAAAUGGGCGGUACAUCGCUGUGCCAUGAAUUCAUGUAUGUUCAUGUUUGUGCGUGGUAAAUGAAAACUUACAACAAAAAGGGGGAAUCGUUGAUGCAUGUCUUCAAUUUUGGAAAUUUGCUUUUACUGAAUUAGAUCUAUGCAUGGCAGAACCUUAUUUCCAAACAUAAUUGAGGUUGUGAAAUAUUAGUACUUGGACAAUGAUAUGAUAAGUAUUCCGUUUAGGUUAUUUCCACAAAUCGUGUGUUUGUAGGAACAGCCAGUGUUUACAUGCGUGGAAACAAUAUGCAGUUUAAUGAGGCAAAUAAUGAAUGUAUUUUGGGAUAAUUGUUCUGUAUAUGGAAGUAGGAAAUACUUCUACCCCCAGGCACAUGUGUAUAAAGGGAGUUAGAUGAAUAUGUCUUCAAAAAGAUUAGAUGUAAGUUGUAUUUUUUUCUAAGAUCUGGAAGGGUUCAAUGUAUUUUUUUCUCUUAAGGUUUUGCCAAAACACCACAUGUAUCAUUAAACAUUGUGUGGGUACAAUAUAUAUAUUAUACAUAUUUUUGAGAGCAUAGUUUGAUUAACUUUCAGUGAGAUAGAUGAGAAAUCAUCCAGAGCUUCCGGUGUGAGAAUAUGUCGGUGAACUUAAAUGUUUAUAUGAUUUGUGCACAGAAUAGUUACGUGUACCUUGGUAUGUAGAUUAAGUGUGCUGUAAAAUUACCUCGUGGGCAAUGGUGUAUUGAUAUUCACUGUAAACUGAAAUGUGUUGCAUCAUUAUUAUAAUGGACUUCUUUUGUUACUAUGUGGUUGUGUUUGUAAUAAACCCUGGUCCUCUUCAUCUGAGCAAUUAUCUCAUUUAGGCUCUGCUAUUUGGUACAUUGUAAAAUUCAAAUGCUCUAAUAUUAUAUACUUAAAUAUAUUGAAAAAUCCACGUAUUAUCCACAUACUUGUUUCUGAGACCAUUUUAGAUGCCUUGAAAUUAUGUGUUUUGAUAUUGUAGUAGAUAUCCUAUGAAAAUGUGGAAGAUACAUUGUGAUCCACAUAUUUUGUUUCCCAGACCAAUUUACAGUAGAUACCUUGAAAACAUAUGUUUCAAUAUAACAGUACCAGUAUAUGUAUCCUAAAAAUAUGUGACCAAGAUAUGAUUUUGUUAUCCACAUAUUUUGACUCCCAGGGACACAGACCAGAUUAGAUACCUUGACAAGUUGAAAUAUGUUUGGUUUGUAUUCAUUAUUCACGCACCAUGUGUCAAAACCUUGUACCAAUAAUGUAUUAUGACAUUACCGGUACAAACAAAUGUUAAUACCCUCAUUAUUCCUCAGUCUUAGAUUCCAUACCAGUACGUUAAAGUGACCUUGUGUUUAUUGACAGAGUUGCAAUGCCAUAUGGUAUAUUUAUCUGUUACCUUAAAAUUAUUAGCUGAUCAACUGCAAUGGUGUCGAAAUCGAGAAGAUAUCACACCAACUCAGGGACAAUCUGUCAAGUGUUUAGUUGAAAUAUGUUAUAAACCUUGUAGAACCAUGAUCACCAUUUACUUUUAAAGUUGUGUAGUAUUCAGUAGAUAAUAACCACAUUAUUUCUCAGUUUCAGAUUCCAUACAUACGUUGAGUGACCUUGUGUUUGUUGACAGGGAGUUGCAAUGUCAUAUCUGUUAUCUAAAGAUUAUAAGCUGAUUAACUGCAAUGGUGUCGAAAUCGAGAAGAUCUCACACCAACUCAGGGACAGUCUUUCAAAUUUCAGAGUUGAAAUACUGGUAUUUUGUAAACCUUGUAGAACCCCCUAUGUUCACCUUUACCUUUAAGUUGUGUAGUAUUGAAUAAGUAACUCAGCUUGGUUUUGUGUGUUUAUACUCAGUUUUACACCCAUUUUGUUUGUACUGAAAUAUUCAUCAGGUGAUGAUAGCUGCGAUUUUUUGCUGGAAUUCUCAAGUGCAUUUCCAUCACAGCAUUGCACAGCAUCGGGUCGAGAUGAUCCACGCUACUCAGGGAUCUUCUUGGAAAUGCUCUUGAUACCUUCUUCCAAUUUGUGUACUCGGUCAGUUGUAUGUAGCUCAAUAUUUGAUUAUUUACUCAGUGCUCAAAAUACCUUUAGGCUGUUUUGUUUUAGUAGUAUUAUUUGCGAGUUUGUCUGGUGCUAAAAAUGUGACCUUCUCCAUUAGAAUCCUAAGGAAAUUCAUUACGUUCAAGUCUGUAUGUCUGAUAAGAGUUACUCAAGGAAACAUUGAAUGGUUCUUUCAGACAGUGUUCUGUACAUAAAGGUUUCCUUUCAUCCUGCUCCCUAUUAGAGUAUUAUUGCUCAAAGGAAACAAAAGAAAGGGCGGUCUUUAUAUACAGGUCAUUGCUCAAGCAUGUUUGAUUCUUUGUUUAAAGGGUACAUUCAUUUUGCCAAAUGUGUAAUAUAUAACUCUCCUUGUGUGUGGAUUUAUUCAAGGGGCCUGUACUUCUAUGUACUGCAUCCUUUCUGAAACAUUGUAGGAAUGGGGCAAUGAGAAAACCAGUGUGUUUAUAGUAGCUGAAUCUUUGGUUAGAACAUUCCUUUAGUAGAGUUUAGACAAAGAGGCUUACAAUGUAGGCUUUAUUAUUGUAUGUUUCAUGUGCAUUAUUAAUAUGUAAAGAAUUUUUUUUUAGAAACGUCAGAUAAAUAUUGCACAGUGUAACAGAUGAAUGAAUCUUAAAUUGUAUUUCAUUGCAAAAAAUAACACAAAUGUACCUCUUUCGAAUCGUCUAUUUUUCUUUAGCCAUUCUAUUAAGGUCUUUUUUGUUGUAAUGGUUUUGUUCGUUUCACUAAGGAAUUUACUUUAUAUGUAAAUUGUUUAUUUAUUUAUUUUUCUUGUUGACAUAAUAUAGUAUUAGUAACAUUAGAUAGAGAAAGUCUUGUUAAAUUAUAGGUGCCAAAGUUGCAAAGAGGCAAAUGACAUGUAGACCAAACAUAGCAUAGAAAUAAUUACUGACAACUAUUGUUGUAAAUAAUUGCAAUUAGUUAUGAUAACAGUACAUGACCAGACUGAAGAGUGCUGUUUUGUGGGUCAUUUCACACUGCAGCAUUUCUUCAUAAAAUGGGGGUUGUACACCGCACCCAUGUUGUAAUAUAUAUGUGUGUAUAUUUUGCUUAGACGUAGUCACAGGAGCUGUGCUCUGUGUUAUAUUCAUAAAAGUGAGGCUAGUGUACAUACUCAGUUGUGUUUGCUAGAAAGAAAGACACUUUUACAAAGGUGAAAAUCUGGGUGGCAGGUUACCGUAGCUACAAUGAGCUACCAUUGUUGGCUCUCUAUACUCCACCCCAGUUACCAUGGAUAUUUUGAUUUAGUUUCCUUUCUUCAAUUGCACUUCAUUUAAGCUGAAGCAUGGUACCUAAAGUGGUAAUGGGAACUUAUUCUGUGAUUGCAAAUUGGGCAAUAUCAGCCAUUUUUGAUUUGCUGAUGAAACAUCUUAUUUGGAAUGAUUAACACCACCCAGGUUUUCACUUUCAAUGAAAAGAUUUUGCUUUGUUAGUGUUUGUAAUUUGUGUAAAUAUGAUUUGGUUGAGAAAUAUUCAUUGGUGAAGGACGGACAGGUUGGGUGAUUUUUUAUCACUCGAUUUACAUUAUUACAACAUUAUUAUGAAAGGUUAUAGUCCUGUAUUUACAUCAGUGUACAAUACGUGUUAACACCCAUAGUAAUUGUACAGUGUUAAAUGAAAAACUUUCAUACAUUUUAUGCAAGCAUUUUGCAAAGUUUUAAAAAGAUGUGAAACAAAUAUAGUACCUGCCAUUUUGUUGUGAAACAAUUAUCAGCCUGCAUUCACAAAUCUUUGCCAUGAAUAAUACGCACCACUUCAUUAAAAUGCCAUGUAGGUACUGUACAUGCACUUGAAAUGAUCAAAUACAUGUGCAUUCAUGCCGUUUCUUAAUGGUAUGUACAUAAGGAGAAAUCAACAUUUAUUAGCCGCAACGUAACUAAAUUCUCAUUUCCUCCAUGCCAAUAUACAUGUAUAUACAUCCUAUGCACCAUUUUCACAAACUUCCUUCCUCGUGCUCUGCCUUACCCUGAAUUAUACAUGUUGUGAUUACGGAGCAUUAUUGUGCUCAUCUGUACUUCAAGCUUCGUGUUUUCUCACAUCCCUCUCUCUCUAUUUCCCCCAUAUGUCUGAAUUAUAGUUGUUCCUAUUUUAAUUAUUUUAAUUGAAUAUCUUCAAAUUAUUUCUUAUGGAUCUCCUGCCAUGUACCUGUACCUGCAUAUUGUACUUAUAUUGCAGUCCUUUCUCUCUCUCUCUCUCUUCUCUUAUCUCUCUUCUCUUAUCUCUCUUUCUCUUGUCUCUCUUUCUGUCUUUCUUUCCCCCACUCUCCACUAAAUCACACCCUCCAUACAUGUCUUCUUUAAUUUCUCCUUUUCCCCUUUGAGAAGUUUUCUGCAGACCUUCUAGUGAAGUUUUUAAAUUGUAAUCAACAAUAGUACCCCUCUAAUUUGAAAAUAGUGCAACAACUAUACAUUCAUACAUGUAUUCUUUAGGUGUUGAGAUAUGUAUGCACUUAAUCUGUUGUCAAAAUAUGAUAUGGAACAAACAUGUUUAGCUUAUUUUGCAGCUUUGAUAUUCUGAGCUAAUUAUGCUUAUCACAAGCACUGAAAUCAAUAAAUAGUUUUGAAAGUGAAAA